AUGCCUUCCUAUUAUGGCCAUCUCCCCGAGCCUUCAGUCAAUACUGCAGGUUUCGCGUUCCAUGCGGGUUUUGCAAUGUCUUACUUUCUUGACCGCCGUAGGCCUGCUACUACCCUCUAUCUCGCUGUUGUGCCCGGGUGCUGUGCCAACGCCGUUCGCUCCGGUGCCCUUCUUGCCCUCGAUGCUAUCUCGCACGGUGAGCCUACUUUUUCAGAUUCUCAACGUCACUGCUCAGAUUGUGGUUCCCGCUUUGCAGUAUCUAAAAAGAGCGCCAAGUGCGGGCCAUGUCGCAGGGGUGGCCCUCUGCCUCCCGCUUCGCAGGAUAGGGCUGCUUCAGUUGAGUCUACUGCCUCUGUGGAUUCGUUGACAAGGGUGCUUUCGCAGGUUGGUAUCACUGACCCUACCACCUGGCGCCCUGACUUUACCCCGGAACCCUCUCCGGUUCCUAUACCAGAUACUACCCGCCGUUCUGACCCUUCUACUCGGGUGCCUACGACUAAGGUGUGUGGUGCGUGUGGUAAGCGCCGCCAUGCAACCGCGGUCAGUAACUAUUGCCGUCUUUGUCUCGCUGCUGUCCGGUCUGUUAAUCGCACUCGCCCUGUUCCUCUUGGUUGGCGCUCAUCGAGUACUCCAUGGCAAUCUCUGGACCUUGGUCCGAUGGAUCGCGAGUGCCCUCAUUGUGGUGCGCUUUACUGGCGUGCGGAGCUCUACCCAUCGCCGACAACCACUACUCCGUCCUCGGAGAAACGUUGCCGCACGGGAUGCUUACCCAUUGAACCUAUGCCCGAUCCCCCCCCCCCGCUUAUUCGCCAAUGGCUGAGCACCAAUAUCCCCCAGGCUAAGCUCUUUCGGAAAUGGAUCCGCAUCUUGAACUCUGCCAUUUCCUAUACCUCUGUGGGCUACCGCCAUGAUCCUCGCUUGGAGGCCCGCGAGACUUUGUACAUCUUUCAGCUUCAAGGUGCAAUCUACCAUAUGCGGGGGCCUCUACGGGGCUCUGUGCCCUCCCAUACUCAGCUCUACUUUAUGGAUAUGGAGUCUGCCAACGCCUUGCGAUUAGAGCGCUACCCACUCCUUAAGUAUUGUCCGGUUAUUCAUGAGAAGCUUGAUAAGGUACUUCGCCGGCACAAUCCUUUUUAUAAGAUCUUCUUUCGGGCAUUUAACAUCCUUAAUCAGUUUCCCGAUGAGUCCUUUCUUCGGCUGUCUCCUCAGCUUCGUUUGGUGCCUAAUCGUGCCGCGGGCCACACUAAGGUCAAGUGUCCUAAAAGUUAUGAAGAUCUGCGUACUGUGCCUCUUGGCCCCGGCGAGGUGCCUAUUGGGGAGUGUGAGGUCCAUGUGCUGGAUGCUGAUAGUGGCCCUCUUCAGGUGGCUAUUUAUCGUGCCUUUCGGGACGCGUGUUACGCUCGAAAUAUUAUCCCCCGGAAUAAUGAGUGGUCGGUAUGCUUUAAGGAGGCGAUUACCCUCUGUACUGGCUGGGAGCUACGUCGGAUGUUUGUGUCUGCUAUGCUACACGGUGACCUGGACGAUGCCCGCCCUAUUUGGAAUGGGUCCAAGGAGCAUUUCUGCGAGCGACUUAUGGAGGAGAUUGAACAGUUCAACCUGGCUUAUAAUCCUCAGACUCUUCCCGCGCCUCACCUGGACUAUGGCCUCUAUCGUAUUGCCGGCCAUCUAAAUACAGAGGAUAAGACACUGUCUGACUUUGGUUUGUCUCCAUAUAUCAAUGACUGGGGUGAGCUUCUUUCGAAUCCUCUCCUACGUCAGGAGCUAGAUUAUGAUCCGGAGGAACAAGACCGCCUUGCUCAAGAAUAUGAGGCCUCUCUAAAUAAGGACCAGCGCACUGCCUACGAGCGUAUUCUCUCUAAGAUGGAAGUAGAUCCCUAUAAUGCUCAUUUUUUCCUUCAUGGACCUGAAGGGACUAGAAAAACUUUUCUCUACCGAACUCUCUGCGCUAGACUGCGCGCCCAGGGUAAGGUAGUACUGUGCGUUCCUUCUACUGGCAUUGCCUCUUUACUCUUACCCGGUGGUCGUACGGCGCAUAAUCCUGUAUGCAAGCGCACCCUUCACACCAUAUAG